UCAAAUCAUGCUUGAUAAAAGAAAAGAGAAAACAAGUAAUAAAGAUUUUUUAUUUGUGCGACAUCUAUAAUUUUAAGUUAUAUCCGAUUUCUUUUUUCUUAUCGUUUUAUUUGGCGGCAUCUACUACUUCAAUCAUUUCCGCUCGAUUUUUUAAUACGGAUAACAAUAGAAAUGGAGCAUCCUCGAAAUCUUAUACCUGAAUUAUGUCAGCAAUUUUAUCAUUUAGGAUGGGUUACUGGUACCGGUGGGGGUAUAUCCAUCAAGCACGAAGACAAAAUCUAUAUAGCUCCAUCAGGUGUACAAAAAGAACGAAUAAAUGCAGAUGAUAUAUUUGUUCAAGAUAUAAAUGGAAAAGAUUUAGAACUACCUCCAGCUGAGAAAAAAUUGAAAAAAUCACAAUGUACUCCACUAUUUAUGUGUGCAUAUCUUAGAAGAAAUGCUAAUGCAGUCAUUCAUACUCAUUCUAAAGUCGCUUUGAUGGUUACUUUAUUGUGGCCUGGAAAAGAAUUUCGAGUCACUCAUCUUGAAAUGAUUAAAGGUAUAAGAAAUCAAAAGCUAGGAAGAGCUUAUCGUUAUGACGAAGAGUUAGUGGUACCUAUAAUAGAAAAUACACCUUUUGAAGAAGAUUUAAGAGAAGAAUUAGAUAAAGCAAUCAUUGAAUAUCCAGAAACUUGUGCAGUUUUAGUACGUAGACAUGGUGUUUAUGUUUGGGGUGAUACUUGGCAACAAGCUAAAACAAUGACUGAAUGUUAUGAUUAUUUAUUUGAUGUUGCCAUACAAAUGAAACAGUGUGGUCUAAAUCCCAUGGCAACUCCAGCAGAGUAUGAACUUCAUUAUCAAACUAAUGAAUUAAAAAUAUAAUUUUUGAUAAAUCUUUAUCCCUCUGCAAAUUAAAAAUACUAUAAAAUAAUAA